AGCACUUACACUUUCCAUAUAUAUACUUGUGAUUCAACGUGAACAUGUUUGUGGUGCCACUUCUUGCGCUGAUCAUGCCGGCCUGGAGCUGUGGAUCUCUUUGCAACCUCUCAGAGGGUGACGUGAAAGGUUUCGUUCAGAUUCAUGCCGAACGGCUUCUGGAUGACCCAUACUCGCAACAGUACGAUCGGUUGCAUCGACGCCACCGUCGACAGCACCGUCGGCAAGAUCGGAGGUUCCGACGACGGACAACGACCACCACGACCACUUUGUUACCGGAUGUGAUCAAUCUUUUGAAGGCAUUGGAAACCUCACGAGGCUAUGACUGAGUUGGGUUGCUUGUUGCUUGGGGCCGAAAAAGAGGGUAUUUUGAAGGACAAGAUGUCAUGGCAGUUGGAUCAUUUGGGAAGUCAUCCUGGAAUACGCUGCCAUUGCGAACAGGGACCGAACCCCCAAAUGAUAUGAUUUCAAGAUCAGACUUUCUCCACAUCAAUAGACUCAAUGCGCAUGAGUUGAAAUCCUGAAGCAAGGCACUUGGCAGCGGGAUAGAUUUUUAAUACCUACAUUCCCACGCAUUACAUACUUUUGACCUUCACAAAGCCUCAACUGGCUGGUAUGGCCGGCCUUCAGAAGACUGACCUCGACUCAACAAAGGUCGAAGUGGAUAUUUUGUAGCGAUUCACUGCAAGAUGAUCAAGAUGCCAUUUUGUUUGGACUGUUUUCAUGUGCCAUCUUACAGUGAAUUGCUAUACUAGCUAUUAUAUGGUCUUUUGAGUAGCCUGUCGAGGUGUUAAGGUCAGAUUUCACUGCGGGUCAAAAAAACUUGAUAGAAGCCACAAACCCAAAUGCAAGGCACUUGGACCCCAGAAAAAUCUAGCUCGUGCUUUAUGCAUAUAGCGAGAAAUGUGAGGAAGGUAGGGCACUCAGUUGUGGCACUCUUGUAGGAUACGCUGAAUGAAUGACAGGGGUUGAGGUGCUGACAUGUGCUUCAAGUUGCAUGUGUGGCAGGCGGAGGGAAGUUACAAGGUAUUCUGAUGAUGAUAACAGGUGGCGCUGUGAAGGUGCAAAAGGUGUUAGAAGCUGCGCGGUGGGCACUGCGGUGGUUUACUAUUUGUGAUGUGACCAUUAAUAUUGUAAAUGUUUUUUGAAGGGGUAUGUGCAUGGGGUGUUUGCUCUACACUGGUGCAAUGACAAACACCAUUUGCCCGUCAGAAGCACUUGAAGCGACCUUCUCGGCCCUGGCUGAUGGCCUUACGGGCAGCGACGCGAGAUUGGUCAGGGACUUCUCCAACACAUGGUUCAGCAUGUCAGGCAGCACGUUGCUGGCAACAGAUUUUGUCAUCAACUACGCGGCCAAUGACACUUACUACAACAACAAUCUGGGCUUGGUGGAUGCUUUGAACACGAUUGUUGGUUCAUUGUCUGGGUCUGGGUCCGCGUCUCUUCUUCAAAGUCGGGCCUCUGCUGUGGACGACUCCGUGGCAGACAGUUGCGGCUACCUUGCAACUUAUGCGGUUCCAGUGUUUGGAGAGGGCAAUCUCCAUGAGAUGCUGACAGAGCUGCAAGUUGUUUGUGGCAACCCCAACGUGGCUGCAGCGUUGCCUGCCGCGGCAGAGCCCCAAGCUGCUGCUUUGAUUGAAGGAGUGGAAGUGCUGGAGACUGGAACUACUUCCACAACCACACAAACAGCCAGUACUACAACUGGUGCUGCCACCACGACCACGACCACUGGCACGGCAGCUACCACAGCAGCCACAACACUAGCUACCACGGCAGCUACAACGGCAGCCACAACAGCAGCUACCACAUCAGCCACAACAGCAGCCACCACAGCAGCCACCACGGCAGCUACCACAGCAGCCACAACGGCAGCCACAACGGCAGCCACAACGGCAGCUACAACGGCAGCCACGACAGCAAGCACUACGGCAGCCACGACCACAAACACGAGUGCCACCACCACUACAGCUGCUGACGGCGUUUGGAAGUUCAGCCCAGAUCCAGGAACCUGCGAUGAUGUAUGUGGAGUCGACAACUGCGAUACCCAAAAGCAGGAGCAACUUCAAGGAGCAGAUUUGGUGGCCGUGUCUACAAGCUUGGGCUCGUCGUGCACUCUUGACCCGGGUGUUAACUGGGCAGCUGCCCCUAUGUGGCGAGAGGGCACGUGCUUCCCUUAUGGGGGAGCGGCGGGCAACACCGCAUGUUCUGCCACAUCCACAUUCAAUAAGGGAAAGCGCAUUUGCUACUGCUUGGUCUCGACGACUACGGCAGCGACCACGUCCCCACCGAGUACCACGACCACGACCAUCACAUCGAGCACCGCGACAGGCACGUUUCCUACCACUGGAUGGCAGCUGAGUGCUGCAGGGGGCACCUGCGACGAUGUGUGUGGAGUUGACCUUUGCGACAAGAAUACCAUGGCCAGAGUGAAUGAUGAUGCCACAGUGGCAUCAGUGUUGAGCAGUCUAGGAAAAACAUGCUCGAUAAUUCUUGGGAGGAGCUAUGCAGGGACUCCUUUCUUUAAAGCUCCAGAGCUUUGCGUCUACUACGAUGGUGCAAGCCCAGCGGGGAUCGAUUGCUCAGACACCACAAAUCCUGGCCAUGAAGCCUUGUGCUACUGCAAAAGCUCCCUGAUCCAGAGCGACGAAGACGAGUCAGACGAGCUCAAUUAUGUGGAUGGGUUUCAAUUGGUGCAAGUUACUGAUGACAGCGUGAGCAUGGAUGCCACAGUCUUCUCCAAGAUUGUCAAAUUUGGGUCCAACAUCUAUCGAUUUGGUGGAUGUCUUGGGGGCGCCAAGAGGGGAGUCGCCACUGACCGGGUGUACUGGGGAGAAGUGAACCUUGGCAACCCCACUGUUCGUUGGAGGGAGCAGGAUCCUUCACCCCGUCGUCUCACAGCGCACUCCGCGGUGGUUGCUGGCCCAGAUCACGUUUUGGUGCUUGGCGGUAUGAGCGCCUGCCUUGGCGACUCUGCCGCCUACCGGAACAACCUGUGGCAGUGGAACAGGACAGAUGGGGGCUGGCUUGAAUUGACUCCCAUUCCAGAGGCUUGCGGGCUCGCGUUCCACACAGCAAACAUUGACGAAAAUUUGAUGGUCGUCUUUGGUGGUCAUCGUGGAACAUGUGGGACGACGCCAAGAGUUUCGAGAAAUCUGUGGUGGUUCAACGUUCAGACAUCUACCUGGACUAAGAAGACAACAGACGGUGAUCGCUACGGUGUUUGGGGCCAUGCAAGCACCACGGCGACUUACCGGUUCAACGCAUUUCCCUUCAACGGAAUUUUCUUCCAUGGCGGCCAAUUGGAAGAUGGAUCCGUCGAUAACACUUUGCGUUUUCUUUAUGGCAAGGGCGUGUAUUUUGAGCAGAUUUCAGCCACGGGGCCACAGCGGAUGUUUCACACUUUGUUGGCUUUCCAAGAAGACUCCGGCAACAACCUUGGAUUGAGGGUCAUGGGAGGGGUGCGUUCAGGACGAGAUUGGUGGAGUCCUACCAGCGCCUACAGUGAGACCGAAGUCAUGCACCCACGUAGGCCAUGGUGGAACUCAUCAGUGAUCUUCUGGGAUUGGUCUCCAAGCGACUACCACCAUCCCAGUGCAAGCGGUGUGUGGGGACAAGCAGGGUUGGACUACAGUCCCGGCUUCGAGCAGUGGGCGAUAUUGGUGCUUGGAGGUUGCCGUGGAACCACUUGUACCCUCACCAACGACCUCUAUUUGUACGAAAGUGCAGGUCAAACCGUUCCAGUCCUUUUGUCGCUGCUUGGUGUCUUGCUUUUUGUUUGCGCAGACCAGGCUUGCUUCUAAUGUUGAUCACCUUGAGGCUCAAACAUUUCGGGCCCUUUCUCGCAAAUGACGAGGGAGAAUUGCAAACAG